UACUGUUGCUGCUGAAGAUCACGUCGUACGUUUGUGUCAGAUGUGGCAAUUUGGAGAGAGUCCCUUAAACAAUCGCCCGGCCGCUUGGAGCGAGGAUCCUGAAAGGUUUCUGCUUCUCAGUUGAAGCUGGAGGAGGAUUUGGCUGCCAAUCCCUGGGAGUCAGCUUUCAAUUGAUAUCCCGGAAAUGUUGGGAAAUUGUAGCGUCUGAAAGAUGAAGGAUUGAUGGUGUGGAUUUGAGGGAUAAGUAUUGGCCUGGGAUGCCCGGGAGAACUGCCCACACUUCAAAUGGGAUUUUAUACAUCCACCUGAGAGAGCAGAUCGAGCCUCUGUUUAGUGGCCCUUCCGAAACUGCUACCCACCACGCCCCCUUGGACUUACAAGUAAGUGGCGUGAUAAAGAAGGAGAAUCAAGUGAAAGAUCAAAAAGCACAGAGGAAGAAGAAGUAGCCAAAAAGAGGAAAAAUCGGUGACGAGGGCAGAAUGGUCUGUGGAGUAGCUGAACUGAGUUCCGACGUGGGUCCCUGUGGAACGGUCACAGAACACGGCAAUGUUAUGACCUUCACAGAAGCCGCCGUUUCUCUUGGACUCCAGAUCAACGCAGACUACUGAGCUUGACUCCCGUGUGAUUACUUCAUCUCCUAGUGACUGACAGAAGAUCAGAGGUCAAGAUGGCAGAGGUGCUCCAAAUGAAAGCGAGCUUCCCUGGUAAAGUUAACCUUUCAGCUGGUUCAGAAGUCAAGGAUAAGGAUCAGACUUUGCCCUACUCCGUGGAAACUCCCUAUGGUUUCCACCUGGACCUGGACUUUGUGAAGUACGUGGAUGAUAUUGAGAAGGGGAACACGAUCAAGAAGGUUCACAUCCACCGGAAGCCGAGAGGUUGCAGUUACACGGGGUCCUGGUGGACUUCCACGGAGUCCCUCUGCUCCAACGCCAGCGCUGACAGCCGGCGCUCCUCUGUCUCGUACUGCGGCCGAAGCAUGUACACCCCUUCGUGCAGCUUUUCCGGGAGCUACAAUAGGCCACCACCACUGAUGCCCAGCAGUUACAACGCGAGGGUGGAAAAGACCUUGCUGGAAACCAAGAGGCGGCUGGAAGAGGAGCCCCUGGGGUGUGGGGAGGGAAGGAGGCCACGAUACACCAGCCUGAGCAGCCUGCACAGCAGUGUAGCGGGCUCCACCAGCUCCCUGGCCGGAACAGGCCUGCAGACCCAGUCGUCCACAAGGCUCUCCUCGCACAACGGGUCACAGAGUGCUCCCUGUGGCCAGUUCACUCCGCUGAGCUCAGGCUUGGUCACGCCCUCCACCCCAAACCCGACUCACUUGCACAAUAUCCGGGAGCAGAUGGCUGUGGCUCUGCGAAGGCUGCGGGAGCUGGAGGACCAAGUGAAGAUAGUUCCUGUCCUUCAGGUGAAGAUCUCUGUCCUUCAAGAAGAGAAGAGGCAGCUCAGCGUCCAGCUGAAGAGUCAGAAGUUCCUUGGCCACAGCAUGGGCUUUGGGCCACAGAAAUCACUGACUGCACCCAGCAAGCCCAAAGGGGAGCUUUACAUUGACCUACCCGAAGAAGAUAGCCACCAGGGCAAAGCAGAAUUGCCUCUAUCUCCAGUGCUCAAAAAAUCGCCACAGGGUAACAUCGGGAAACUUGAAAAGGACAAUUCUAAACAAACCAAAGACACCAGGCCAGGUAGUUAUGGAACUGAUGAGAGUUCAAGGGUCAAAGUGACAAACGGAAGCCCAGCUGAGGUCAGGAGCGUGGGUGUUUGGGUGCGAGAAAAGGACCUGGGAAUAUCCCCCUCAUCACUACAGCUAGAGGUAGAGCAUUAUCGUCAUGUCACGGAGCUUCUAACCAAGAAGAUCUCAAUGUUGGAGAAGCGACUGCAGGAAACCACUAGAGAGCUGGAGGCCGCUCACCGGAGCAUUGAGGGCCAGAAGAAAGAGAUGGCGGAUAAAGGGCAACAGGCAGACAUCUCAGUGACAGCUAGCACUGGAGGAGCAAUCCUGGGUUGGUCAAAGCAACCACCAAAUCAAGACAGGACCUGGAGAGCUUCACCCGAGGCAGACGUCCAAUCUCAACCACUCGAAGGCAAGGCUGGUAAAAGGGGAGGCCUUGUCCCAGGCGGUGACAGGAAGGACCGGUUGGUUCAGCUCGUACCACAGCGGUCAGUGGGCGUGCAAGUUAGCCACUUUGGAUAUUCUCUUGGCGAACAGGCGUGCAAGGAUCUGAUUCAGAACAGGGAGCAGCCACAGUUCACGCAUCUGCAGGGACAACCGAAAGAGAUGCCCUAUUCUAAGGUGGACAUAGCCCAGGCCUCGCCCAGCGGCAGCCGGCACCCUGCCAGUGCUACGGCACCACCUGCAACCAAACUGGGCAGCAGCUUGCAUAGUGGAGGCGAAGCAGUGGUCAGUGAGGAGAGGGUGGGGCCUACCUCUGACACACCAUUUAAGGAGGUUGCAGCCAAGGUGGUGACCUGUACAAUUGUAACAACACUUGCGUCCACAUGCGAGGAAGUGAACUCGGUGAUGACCACAGCAAAGAGUAUGAAGCAGGUGAAGACGGGACCGAGCGGGGCGGAGCUAAGGGAAGCUGUAGAGCAGCUCACGCAAGGUCAAGCCUCUCGAGAAGACCACAAAGCUGACCCUGCUGCUCCCUCCAGACGCUCACUCAAUGUCGCUGAGGCUCCUCGGCAUUUUUUGGCUUCCAAUGUUUGUAGCUCUAUAGAGAUGCUACCGGAGCAGCUCCCCACCCUGAAAUCAACAGCCCCCCAACACCAGCAGGGGUGUCUGGCUCCGGUGAGACAGGAGGAUUCCGUCCCAUCUGAGGAUGAUUUGACAAGGCCAGUUUCCCCACAGGGAGCACAACUCAAGUCCAUCAUGAAAAAGAAGGAGAGAGGAGCAAGUCCUGAAAGCCCUCCGACAAAGAAGAGCCUUCAGUUUAUAGGAGUGAAUGGCGGAUAUGAGUCAACAUCUUCUGAAGAAUCCAGUUCAGAGAGCUCAUCAAGUGAGUCAGAUGGUGAGAGUACCGAGAGUGAUUAUCAUGAGGCCAGUGAGAGGCUCCCUGGAGAACAGGCAGAGAAAACAGAGACCAAGGGGACUCCAGCGGAGCCUGUGCAGAAAACCGAGAGUGUGCGGACACCAACAGAGACUGUGCACAAGACUCAGACCGAGGGGACUCCAGCAGAGACUAUGCAUGAGACUCAGAUGCAGGGGACUCCAGGAGAGACUGAGCACGAGUCUCAGACCGAGGGGACUCCAGCAAAGGCUGUGCAAGAAACCGAGAUUGUGGCGACUCCAGCACAGUGCACAGCAAGAUCAGAAAGGGAGGAAGAGGUUCAGAAUGUAGGGAGCGCAGAGUAUGUGAAGGAGAUGGUGCAGAGAACGGAAGAUAAACUAGAGGCAACAGUCAAGCAGGGAGAGGACAACCCAGAAAAGGCCAAUCGUCAUGAAAUAGAAAGUUCAGUGCAAGAAGCAAACUGCAGCACGUUUGAGCUGACUGAGGGCUUGGUGUCAGCCUGCGUGACUCUGCAGAAACACCUCAAUGAUCCAGGCCGGUUCACAAACAAAGACAUGAGAGUGAGCUAUCUCAAGGUUCAGCAGGAGUGGCUUUUAGUGUCAAGCCCGAAGACAGCGGAUCCUGAGGUGGUGCGUCGACACCUGGCUGUGUUUAAGGCAAUGUCGCCAAAUUUACUAGAGCUGAUAGUCAACAUGGCUGAUGGCAAUGGAAACACAGCUCUUCACUACACAGUCUCUCACUCCAAUUUCCCCAUCGUCAGGUUGCUGCUAGACACAGGCGCCUGCAGUUUGGACAAACAGAACAAAGCCGGUUACACAGCCAUCAUGCUGGCCUCGCUCGCUGCUCUCCAAUCCGAAAGCGACAUGCAGACCGUGACACAGCUCUUCCGCCUUGGCAAUGUCAACGCUAAAGCCAGCCAGGCGGGUCAGACGGCGCUGAUGUUAGCGGUCAGCCACGGGCGGGCAGAGAUGGUGAAGGCCCUGUUGGCGUGCGGGGCAGACGUCAGCGUCCAGGAUGACGAUGGGUCGACAGCACUGAUGUGCGCCUGCGAGCAUGGCCACGUGGAGAUUGUCAAGCUCCUGUUGGAGAUGCCGCGCUGCGAUGUAACUUUAGCGGACAACGACGGUAGCACCGCACUCUCUAUCGCAGUCGAGUCUGGACAAAAGGAGAUUGCUGCCCUUCUCUACAAGCAUCUGAAUCACUCCAAGGACCCCCGCAGCUCUUCCCCGGCUCCACCUGCUCACACACAGAUCCUGGCUCACCCCUCACCGUCUAAAGCCCAGCAGUAGGCCCGAGUGCCACUCGAUUCAGCUCCUUAUGCUGCACCAAGUGGAAAUUCAACAGGAAUUGCCUGAACAGACUGAGGGCAUCUCUCCCCAACACCGGGCACAGCCGGGGCACCUCCUUGGCGGGGUAGGCCCAGAUUGCGUUCGACACUGAGGUACUGCGGCCGAGCCUGUCUCGGAGGACAGCUUGUACACUGAGGCACGAGGUCUGAACAAAGAGAGCGAAUGGAAACUAAAACCCUCACAUCAGCAGGUGGUAAACCUGCAGCUUUAACCUGCGCGACAAUCUCACAAUCCGUCCACCAGCCUUUUAUAUGAAGAAGAUAUAUAGACGUUGUAAAAAGAACAGUCGGCCUAUGUUUGAUUCGGUUUGAUUCUGACCAUCUCUGGCUCCUCUCCCCCUCCUCCCUUUAGGUCAGUUGACACCUCACCAAGAUUCUCAGGAGCUGUUUCCGGCCUGGGAGCUCCCCUCACCAUCUCCUGAGGGCUGUGCUUCUAUCGAUGCUUCAGCCAGUGACGCUGGUGCAGACAAACAGCAUCUCCAGGGCCUGCACUGUAGAGUUUAGACUGACAGGAUAGAGGGAGCUAUCAUGCAGGCAUCAGGCGAUACUGCCACCCAGUUGUUCUCCAGCUCACGCUGGCAGACUCUAGAGCGGCCUUGUUAGGAUGGCACUGGGUCAACCAGUGUCCAGCUGAAGGUGAAGCUGGAUUCACACCCCCAGGGCUCUGAGACUUAAGGCCAGAAUCUGGUUCUGAACUCCCCUGAACACGCAGUCAAACAGCUCUGCCUAAUAUCAGUCAGCGGGAGAUGGUGAGAAUGAUGCAGGUGCUGAGUAUUAUGUGGGGCUGUGUUAGCCCAGCUUAAGCAAUGGCCUGACCCAGAGUGAAAGGUGGGGGGGGCGGGGGCGGAGAAAGGUCAAACUUCACUGACCACAGUCCUCAGCUGCCAACUCGGAACUGGCAGAGCCCGGGAUGAAGGAGUGGACCCAGUUGGUACUCGAUUUAUGGACCCAGCCGCCAACUCCCUCAGCCGGGCAAUGAUGCACGACUGCUAGAAAACUGAAAGAGGAGAGCAGGGAGCGGAGAUUAACCAUUUAAACAGUACAGAGGGUGUGAUGCUUCAACAAGCAAAUUGUUUUGUGGUUGGAUUGGGGGAGGGGGAAAGCCAGGAAACAAUGACUACUUUACCCAGCUAGAGGACCAGUGUGGACCAGCCCAGUGUCAUAGACCAGAGGCUACAGAGAGUGGAGGGAGGAAGGUUGGAGACAUUGGCAUGAAAAAUUGGUUGGGGCCUAGGAAUGGGCAGCCAUUCUACCGCUCUGUUCUCCUCAUUGUGUUUGAAUUCCAAAUGCUUUAUUUAAAACAUCACCGGAUUUGUUUCAAAGGGAAUAUGGAAAGCUCAGGACCAGGCUGUACCCAGUGUUGAACAUAAAGCAAGUUACACCGUGCACCAUCAUACACCCUCCCUCCCCUCACACCCAUUGCACACACUUGAUAUAUAAGCCAAAUGUAUUGGAGUUAUUCUCGUGUAUAUUAUUAAGCUGAUAUUUACAGGUCUGGUUACAGUCUUGUCUCCUGCCACUCUCCGUUUUAUCUAUUACUAAUAACCAGUUGUACUUCAUUCCUAUUGAUGUCGCUGGGAUUGGUGCUUUCUGUGGGGGACCUAGACCUGCCCCUUCCCUUGGUGUCUUUGUAUUAGCCUUUAUACAGAAGUAUCUAUCAAAGAGUUUUGUAAUCCACAUAUUGAAAUAUACUGAAAAGGGAUUAUUA